AUGACUGACUGGGAAACGGCGGCUGUCACCGAGACGCCGGACAUCAAACUCUUCGGUAAAUGGAGCACCGAUGAUGUCCAAAUCAACGAUAUUUCCCUCCAGGAUUACAUCGCGGUUGAAGGAGGAAAUAUGCACAAGUACCUGCCCAGCGCAGGGCGUUACGCCGCCAAGCGCUUCCGGAAGGCGCAGUGCCCAUCGUCGAACGUCUCACCACACUCCAUGAUGAUGCACGGCCGCAACAACGGCAAAAAACUCAUGACCGUGCGCAUCGUCAAGCACGCCUUCGAGAUCAUCCACCUGCUCACCGGCGAGAACCCUCUGCAGGUUUUGGUCAAUGCCAUCAUCAACUCGGGACCGCGAGAGGACUCCACGCGCAUCGGCCGCGCCGGCACCGUGCGCCGCCAGGCCGUCGACGUCUCCCCUCUGCGCGCGCGUCAACCAGGCCAUUGGCUCCUCUGCACCGGCGCUCGCGAAGCCGCUUUCCGUAACAUCAAAACCAUCGCCGAAUGUUUGGCCGACGAACUCAUCAACGCCGCCAAGGGUUCUUCCAACUCUUAUGCCAUUAAGAAGAAGGACGAGUUGGAACGUGUGGCCAAAUCCAACCGUUAAGAACCCCAAUGGAAGCGCUCAAUAAAAA